UUGGCGGACCAGUCCUUCCACGAGCCUCACUCGCGGGUCUUCCAGUUCUUCGUCAACGUCCGUACCGCGCGGCACUGCCUUCUCUCGCUACCACCGCGUCUACCACAACGACCAAUUUUUUCCGAUCGAGUUUAGUGCCAGUUUUCCACCGGCGUCGUUUUCUGUGGUUUCGUAAUUUCUGUGCGCCGUUCUGUCAAAAAAAAUCUGUGCGACAUGUGCUCGACUCUGUGGUUCGAAUCGGUCAGGGGCUGAUGACACGAGACGUAUUGCCGAAAGGACUGGUCGAACUUGUACGGCAUGGAUCUAUUGUUCGUCAGAAAAAAGAGUUUAACUUAUAAUCACUGGAACUAGGACAAAUUGGGCCAAGGGAAGAUGCUGGGCCCAACACGCCAUCAUAGGCGAAAUUUGAUGAUAUAUUUCUACCACUGCAUCUUAUCUUUACUACUGAUAAGGAAUGUGUCCUCGGAUUCGGGAGAUGUGUGGCCCUUGGAUAGGCCCUCGGGAAUGCCGUCAAUUCAAUCUUUGGACGUUAUGUGUGGGAAAGAUCAUAUGGACGUGCAUUUGACAUUCUCCCAACCGUUCGAAGGCAUUGUUUCAUCCAAGGGUCAGCAUGGAGAUCCAAGAUGCGUCUACGUACCCCCAUCCACAGGCCAAACCUUCUUCUCCUUCAGGAUAGCAUACGCGAGGUGCGGCACCAAACCUGACCUCCACGGUCAAUUCUACGAGAACACCGUGGUGGUACAGUACGACAAGGACCUGCUGGAGGUGUGGGACGAGGCCAAGAGACUGAGGUGCGAGUGGUUCAAUGACUACGAGAAAACAGCCACCAAACCACCCAUGGUGAUUGCUGAUCUCGACGUUAUCCAGUUGGAUUUUAGGGGAGACAACGUGGAUUGUUGGAUGGAGAUACAGCAUGGCAAAGGACCAUGGGCACCUCCGGUCACUGGUAUAGUACCUCUGGGUUCAACCCUCACUUUGGUAGUAGCCAUAAACGAUUACAGAGGGGAGUUCGACAUGCGGGUGAAGUCCUGCGUGGCCUCCGACGGCGGGGGUCACGUGAUCCAGUUGUCGGACGAGUACGGCUGCGUUCUGAGGCCCAAAAUGAUCAGUAGGUUCCUGAAGGCUAGGGGAGCUGACGAGAGGGCCUCUGUGAUAACCUACGCCUUCUUCCACGCCUUCAAGUUCCCGGACGCGCUGAGCGUGCACAUCAAGUGCAAGGUGGAGAUCUGCAGACACGGGUGCUUGGAUCACUGUCAACUGGAGCCAGAGGCUGCUGGCGGUAACCAGCACGAUUUCGGCCAUCAGAGCAUCGACCGUACCGACACCGUGGAUUCCGAUGAGAAAUCUCCAGAUCCUGCCAACGAUAUAGACAACGAGGAUGUCAGGAUAGACACCAGCGACGUGGCCUACGAUGACAUCCUGCACCACAAUGGACCUGCCACGUUCGAAGACAACGAUUUUCCAGCUGUAAAUAUGCCUCUCAAAUCCGAAAAGGAAGACAGGAAUUCGAAUGAUAAGGACGAGUCGCAGGAGAAGUACGUCAGGCCAGUCGUGGAGAGACAAGACGAUUCCGCCGGACAAGAAAUAACGGCAGUGCCCCAUAAGGAUCUGCUCCAGUCCAUGCAAGAAAAAUUCCCCCACGGGCCCAGAUCCCUGGACCACGACCUCUAUUCCCCAUCCCCCAGAAGCCUCUCGGACGACGCGCCCCGUCCGGACUCCUCCGAGAACAACGUCACCGACGACUCCCUCGAGGACAAGACACACCGCACCAGGAGGAUCAAGAGAAGGAGGAGAUCCCUGGUGAUAUCUGACAGGAAGGUCAGGAGCGCCGACGUCGGAGUCAGCGGCCUGUACGACGUCAUUUCCGAGGCGGACCUGGCCUUCAGCCCCGACGGGAGGGCCGAGGCGGUCACCGUCUUCCAGGGACGGAUCAGGGAGGAGGUGGUCUACGGCAUCUGCAUGCCCGUUCCUGGUUUCAGUCUUCUGUUCAUCCUGGUGGCUGUGUCGGCCGUUGUAUCGGCCCUGGUGGCCGGUUCUCUGCUCUACAGGUACCAGUUGCAGAAGGAGCACAUGGCCGAGGAGGCCCACAGGUCCAUAUCCCUCAGCGUGUUCUCCAACUGGAUCGGGCAUCGUUUCUUGGGGGCUAGGAACGCUGGAGUGCCCAGUUCGAUUGAGCUGAGGGAGACCAACGGUUCCGUGGACAAUUCGCUGGUUAUGGCCAGCAUGAACGGUAAAAGUGAGGACUUGCAUCGUCGACAAUAGGAGCUCACGUUUGACAAGUGACAGAUGAACGCUAUCCAAGUGUCUGGAACUAGACUGUCUCGAGCUACAGUGACGUUGUACACUCUGUAGUGAACAAUGAACAGGAUUUCGUAUCGAUUAGAUGAAUUAAUGUGGCGAAACUACUAUCGGUGACCUUGGAAUUGAAUUUUGGGCUUCUGACGAAGUGUUUACACGUCAAUAUCACUAUAGUGGUUAAAAGAGCGACGUUCAAGAUUAAGAUGAUUCUGAAAAUUGUAUCACUAUGAAAUUAACCUAUCGAGUUAUGUCUUGUGGUGUAAUAGGAGGGUCGAAACUUCUUGGUCUCGAUCUAUUCAAAAACAACUUCCUUUUAUACCAUUUCCCCUGAAAAUUCCCUUUGAGUACGUUUAUUGACGACUUCUCAAAUAGUUAAAAACAAAAUUUUACCCUCCCCAGUUAGCUGCAACUUAUAAUAUUUCAUCGUUGUUUUUUUUAUGUAUAAUUCGUAAUUUUUUGCUUCGAGUAUUUCAUUUAUAAUCAAAUCACUGGUCUCUCAUUUGAUAACGGGUUUUAUUGCGUAUUCAUUUCUCAUCACAACGAUCAAUGAUCUUUACUCAACAAAAAAAAUCGAUUUUUUUCUUCAUAUUGUAAUUUUCAA